CCUGGUUACAAAACACUUGAAUAUGUAAGUUAGUGGAACUUUGCUUGAGUGAGAUUUUUUUGAUCUUCAGCUACAUUUUUCGGCUUCGUGAGGAACCUUAUCAUCAAACACAAUGGCUAGCAAUGUUACCAACAAGACACAUCCUCGCUCCAUGAACUCCCGUGUAUUCAUCGGGAAUCUUAACACUCUUGUGGUCAAGAAGUCUGAUGUGGAGGCAAUUUUUUCGAAGUGUGGCAAAAUUGUGAGUUGCUCUAUUCAUAAGAGCUUUGCUUUCAUUCAAUAUGUUAAUGAGAGACAUGCCCAGGCUGCUGUAGCAGGAGAGGAUGGCAGAAUGAUUGCUGGCCAGGUUUUAGAUACUAAUCUGGCUCCAGAGCCGAAAGUGAACCAAGGAAAAGCAGGUGUGAAACAAUCUGCAGCGGAAACGUACGGCUCCUCUUUUGACUUGGACUACAACUUUCAGCGGGAUUAUUAUGACAGGAUGUACGGUUACCCAGCACGAGUUCCUCCUCCUCCUAUUGCUCGGGCUGUAGUGCCCUCAAAACGCCAGUGUGUAUCAGGAAACACCUCACGAAGGGGCAAAAGUGGCUUCAAUUCUAAGAGUGGUCAGCGAGGAUCUUCUUCCAAGUCUGGAAAGUUGAAAGGUAAUGACUUUCAGGCCAUUAAGAAGGAAUUGUCGCCGGGCUCGGAAUUGUCUCAGAUAAAACAAAAAGUGGAUUCUCUACUGGAAAAAAUUGAAAAGGAACAGAGCAAACAAGCAGUAGAGAUGAAGAAGAAGACAGAAGAGGAGCAAACUACCACCUCUGUGAAGAAAGAUGAGACUAACGUGAGGAUGGAGUCUGAGGGGGAUGCAGAUGACUUUGCUGAGGAGGGGGACCUACUGGAUGAUGAUGAUAAUGAAGAUCGGGGAGAUGACCAGCUGGAGUUGAUCAAGGAUGAUGAAAAAGAGGCUGAGAAAGAAGAGGAAGACAGAGAUAGCGCCAAUGGCGAGGAUGACUCUUAAGCACAUAGUGGGGUUUAGAGAUCG